GCAGCAUAAAUUUACACCCUCGAUCGAUACCGGACCAAAAGUUCAGGCCACUUUGCUUGGGUCUCUACACUCCUAGGAAUAACCACCGCCAUCUGUGGUAUCCUUGGGAUCUCUCCCGCAAACGGCCUCCUUCUUUAGGCACCAAUGCAUUCCGAACUUCUCCAGCACAGAGUAAAGACCUCACUCAUCACUCUCAACGAAAAGACAGGCGAACGAAACACAUCAUUCAAUGAAACGCAAAAAGUCUACGAGCACCGCUGGUUGCCAUUCCUCCAAGCAGCAGGAAUGCUCAUCUUCAUCUCCCCGCCCUUCCAACAUGUCCUCGCUCUAACUCCGAGAUCCGUCCUCGCCGAACACUUCCUCAUCGUGGGCGAGCAAUCCCUCGCUGUAAAUCACAUCUUAUACUGCCUUUUCUACGUCCUCGCCCUGACGUCCGAGCUCCCACUUCUACUGAAAGGAAUCAAAACAAUUGGGGCAUCCAUGGAUACAAUGUGCUGCAGAUUGUGAUGACGAGGAUCAUUUUUUUUAUAUCACAUUGAUGGUUGCUGCGCCCGCGUUUCCGGUGAUAAUCACUGCUUCGGUGCCCGUGAGAUUUUUCUGGUAACGCAUAGAGUUUGGGGGAUGGAAACGUUGAAGUUUGUGGAUGCUUGGGCUUGAAAGGAGGGGACGCUGGAGGAUGACGAGGAUAGGAACAAUGGUGUUACCCCUGAUUUGGAACAGCAAGGCAAGAGCAGAGCUGGCGGUGUCCUUGGAGAGGAAUCAGUCUAAAAGCUGCCUGAGCUUCCUAAGUUUAUCAUCCUAAUAUAAAUAAACCACUUGGGUUGAGAGCAC